UCUGUGCGYGCAACAAAAAAGACUUUCAUUGUUGUGGGAACUCAUUCUCAUUGGAUUACGCCCGGUAUAAUAGAUUUUCAUGGCAUGAAAAUCUCUUCUCAGCUCAGCUCUUCUCACGGAAGCGGAGUAUUCAAUUACUGACUCCAUACGCACUGCUCAAGGAGCACCUAGUGUUCAUUUGGAGCGUAUAGUUUUCUCUGUUCAGUGCCGCUGGAGUCGACGGAUCCUGAAGGAUAUUUCCUGGCUGAUUUAUAAAUACUUACUGCGACAUUUGUCAAUGAUAGUGUAGAAUCACUCGAAGAAAUGUGGUCCUGAUUUAACAAGCGAUAGCGAGAUGAUAGUCAGUGGAAAGUUGGUUUAUAAACUUCUAMUAGUGGCGAUAUUUCUUGUUUAUAACGUUACCGCAAUWACAGAUCCUUUUACACGAUCAUGCCCGCCUCUGCCAGCUUUCACAGGACGAGGAUUAUAYGCUUUUGAAGGAACUGUUACAACUCUGUUACGAGACAGAAGUGGUUAUCUCACUGCAGAGGUCAGAGUUGGUAUAAUCUAUCAUGGAGCGACUGAUUUAACAGCUUUUGAAACUAUACAAGAGAUACAACGCGCGUACACUUGUGGUCAUCUACAUCGCGUUGGAAAUACUCGUCUAUGGGUCGUUCAAAGACAAGCUAACAGGAAACUCAAUGCUAAAGCAUCGCUUGCUAAUCUUCCAGUAAACUUGCAAGAAAUUAAACAACAUCUACGAGAUAAUUCUGAUGACAGCAGCAAUGRCAAUGUUGGCAAUGGAAACAUACCAUCCUGCCGUGUCCAACCAUGCCAGUUUGGUGGUGUGUGUAUAACAGACUCAAAUGGUAUCUCGCGGUGUGAGUGCAGAAAUGCUUGUACUAAGGAGUAUGAACCAGUAUGUGGAAGUGACGACAAGACCUAUUCCAACCCUUGCUUGCUGUCAGUAGCUCGAUGUAAGGCACAGAGGUACAUCUAUCGACGACACUAUGGACAGUGUGGAUCCACUAGUUGUGCUGGACUGAAGAAUGCUGGGAUAGCUAAGGUCAAUGGCAUCUACUCUCUUUACCCRAACUCAUCAUGUAACAUGCCUGUACAAGUUUACUGCCAUGAUAUGAAYACUGCUUCACCUAAAGAGUACAUAACACUUGCAGCUGGUGCCGARGAGAAUUAUGCAUUUAUUUAUCCACAAAGACAGCGCCGUUUCCCCCCAUCUGCACGUUAUCAGUGUAACGGCCCCCCAGGUCCUCUUAACUACACAAAUGCUGGUCAUACGAAGUUUAACAAAGUCAGACUUGAUGUGAACAAGAUGAGAAUUAUUCGAGAUGACUUCACMUUUGCAAUUACUGAUCCUUUUGGAAAACAAGUUCCUUUUGGUACCGCUGGAGAUUGCUUCUCAAUGCAUUAUGGGCCAUGUCGACGAGGACGCUUUAAGAUCAAUUUAUCUGGAUCUGGGUUCAGACUAGGAUCAUCAGUGCAUUGGAAGGCGCAUGGGUUCCCCCCUGGAAUUGAGAUGCAAAAUUAUGAAAAAUCUAUUGAUGGAGCUAUUGUAUCUGCAAAGUGUGGCGGUUGGUGUGCACAGUGUGAACCUGAUGGUGAUCUGAUAGUUACACAGGCUGUCUGCAAAGCUACACAUAAAGUCUGCGCCAUGGUAACUUGUGAUUAUUAUGGUGUAUGUGUCCCUACAUCAAGUGGUCAAAGCCAUCGUUGUGUCUGUCCAUCCAAGUGUCCUAUUGUCAAUUACCCUGUUUGUGGGAGUGAUGGGGAUACCUAUGAUAAUGAGUGCUAUCUACAAAAACAGUCAUGUGAGAGAAGGAUAACGAUAACUGUGGCAAGUUAUGGAGCUUGCAAUCUUCAACGACCAGUCCAUUUCUCAUUUGCAAUUGAUGCGCGUGGUAGUGAUGAGCCAACCAAACUACAACACAGCAAGGCAUUCCUMAAGCAACUUGCAAACCAGUUUGAGAUCCCUACAGGUGGAAUAUCSCACUUCAUGAUGUUCUUUACACCCAGUGGCCGAGCUGUAUUUGAGCCGUACUUGUUCAAAGACCACUCGCAAAUAACUCCCUACAUUGAUAUUAUGGAGAGUACGAAGGGAAAGGGAAGCCUGGACAAGUCCUUAAGAGAUGCGGUUCCUGGUCUUUUAAGGAGAAUAUACAGGGAUUACUGGCUGUUUGAUAAAUAUGCUAAGGUCAUCAUACUCAUAACAGAUGGUAAAAGUAUCAAUGGAGCAAGCACCUUGAGGGAUAUAGCAGAGCCAUUAGAGUCUGUAGGAAUUAAAGUUAUACCCAUUGUUAUUGGAGACCCUAGCGCUGUAAGUAAAGUACGGAAUCUGGCUCCUGGGGAUGACUUUAUUAUCCCUGUGGUAUCCUCRGAUCAACUCAUCCAGAAUUUGAGGAGAACAGUUCAAGCAAUUCUUAAAGAUAUCAACUCGUGUCGAUUCAAGCGCUGUUUYCACUACUCACGGUGUUCACGAAAAGCUGGUCUAAAUGGUGCAGUAUGUGAGUGUGAUAGCCAAGUUGAUCCCAUCAAUAGUCCAGUAUGUGGCACUAAUGGCAGAACAUUCAAAAACGAGAAAGCUCUUCAAUCUUAUGCUUGUAACAUAAAGAAGAACAUUGUUUUGUGGCACAARGGAGCAUGUGUUGUUGAACCAACAUGUCAAAGACUWAACUGUCGUUACCACUCCUACUGUACUCUUGGUAUCGGUGGUGCUGUGUGCGUUUGCCCUGAUCCAUCAACAUGUAGCAGUGUAAAGUCCCGUGUUUGUGGUACAGAUGGAAUAACAUAURAUAACCAGUGUAAACUAAGAGCAGAGUCUUGUAGGAGAUCACAARUUGUCAAUGUUUUGCAUUCUGGAUAUUGCAUACAGCAACCUGUUGAUCUUGUUUUUGCAUUUGGUGGAUCUGACCAGAUCAACCAACAAACAUUCCAACUUCAAAAAGACUUUAUCAAGGCCUUCCUGGACAGCUAUGGUACYUCGCAUGCUGGUAUUCGACUUGGAUUAAUAAACUAUGGCACAGGACAAACCCUCACACGAUUCAACAUCUUGAAUGGAUAUGACGUCAAGCGUAUAAUUGACAGCACUGUUCUUAGGAGGGGAGGGACAGUAGAAAGUGCKCUUCGACUUGGGCAACAACUCCUCAAUGACUUCCGUGUUGUACGACCUAAUGCUAUUAAAGGAYUGRUUAUUYUGACUGGAGAAAGUAUCAGYGAAGACAGAAAUGCMUUGAGAGUGACCUCUGCUCCUCUGCGGAACAARGGCAUAAAGGUCAUUUCUGUAGCUGUGGGAAAAMGUYCUGACAGGGGGAUCCCUCUGGAGUUCACGUCAGGCAAUGAGUUCAUAUUUGACUUUGCAACGUCGAGGGAUUUGUCAGCWGURGUACCAGGCACUUAUAUCGCCCUUACUAAAGAUCCAUGCAAGAAGGUUCAAUGUCAGUACCAUGGCCAGUGUGUCUGGUAUUAUGAUGGCCGUACAAGGUGCCARUGUCGUGAUAAGUGUCCUCGAUUAGACAACCCUGUCUGUGGCAGUGACCAGAAAGACUAUUCCAACCAAUGUGUYAUGGAAUCAACAGCAUGUCAAAAUAAGAAUGAUAUAAAGCUCUGGAAUAUUGGACCUUGUGGAUCUUGYUCACAGCCUAUGGAUGUUGGUAUCAUUCUCUCCUCUUCGCGCAAGGUUGGRCCGCUUAACUACCARCUAGUWAAACAGCAGCUUACUAAACUGGUUGACUAUUUCAACAUCUCUAAAGAUGGCACUCGUUUUGGGUUCAUACACUACAACGAACRGCCAUUCYUGGACUUCACUUUCAACGAUGCAGCUAACGCUGAUGCAGAGAAGCUCAAGAGRAAGAUUUUCAAUGUUGCUUACAAUGCUGGAAUUCCACGCACWGACAAAGCUCUUCUUGAAGCAUCAAAGGAACUGUUUAGUAGCAAGGGAGGUGCAAGAUCUAAUGUUCCAAGGUUGUUGGUGAUUGUUAGUGAUUAUGAUACAGCGUUAGGGUCUGCUCCCUAUGCUGAAGUWCUUGAACCUCUGAAGGAACAACGUGUCACACUAAUUGUAGUAGGAAUUGGACGCAGUAUAUCAAAUAAUGAAAUGUACCAGCUAUCUUUAGAGAAGAACAGAAACGUAGUUAGAGUUGGAGACUAUAGCGAUUUAUCUCUCAAAAUACGGGAUAUCGCACACAUCUUAUGYCAAGAAGGCGUAUCCAAAGACCCUAUUAACUUGGCUUUCGCUAUCAACGCAAACGGACGAUACGCCUCGGACUCAUUCGCUCGAAUAACAGACAYCAUUUCAUCAAUUAUCAACUCCUUUGGACGCCGCAAGUUACACUAUGGACUCAUCAUAUAUGGCGUUAAUGCUCGCACACGUCUACGAUUUGGAGAUUCCUUUUCAACUGACGAGAAACUCAAGAGUUACAUUCGCUCAUUAGCAUCUAACCCACGUGGUUCCAACCUUGCUUCUGGAUUGGUUGAAGCAGAACGAUUGUUCAGCGGUCCYAAGCCUGAAGGAAGAGAUGUAUUGGUCGUCAUCACAGACAGCCUAUCAGAGAGCAGUGCUGGUGAUGUCAAUCAAGCAGCUAGGAACUUGCAAAUGAAAGGUGUUCGUAUUGUUACUGUUGUCAUGGGAACAGAAGUGGAUYCAAGGUCAUAUGAUAAACUUUCUCCACAUACUAAUAAUAGUGUGGUGGAUAACCCGGACCAUAGCCCUAAACAACUGGCUGAUCAAAUAAUCCGGCACGUGACUAAAGAAAACAGAGUUCCCAUGGUAGACAUUGUAUUUGCUGUCAGUGCCACUGCUGCGGCGUCCAAUGCAAACUUCAAACAAAUGAAAACUGUUAUAAACUCCAUUAUUGAUCACUAUGGGCGUGGUCGUAUUCUAUAUAGCGUAGUUGUCUAUGGUAAAGAUUCUCAAAUUCAAGUCAAGUUUACUGAGCAAUUCAUAACUGAUGAAARACUCAAGAACUUUAUUCUGUCACUGUCGCCCAAGACUGGCGGAUCAAACGUUCUAGAAGCUUUUCAAGAUGGAAAGACGUUGUUUGAGAGUGAAGGUGCAAGACCAGAUGCUAACAAGGUCUUGGUUGUCUUUACUGACAAGCAAUCCACAAGCGACAUCAAUAAAGCCAAAGCUUCAGCCAUAGAUUUAAGGAGGCACAAGAUCAAAAUCAUUACUGUUGCCCUUGGCAAUGAAGCAAAUAUUCAAGAGCUUGGAAACUAUGCCACAAAUGAAGAUCACCAACUUAGAGCAAAGAACUCAGAAGAUCCUCUAGAACUCGGCAAGAAAAUCAUGGAACUUGCCUUUAUAAGGCUUCCCACCAUCCCAGUACUGGACAUCGCCUUUGCAAUCAGCGCGAUCGCUGGCAGAAAUGCUGACAGCAACUUCGACCURAUGAAACAGACUCUAAAUUACAUAGUGAAGGCUUAUGGGAUUGAUGACGUACGCUAUGCAGUCGUGACGUAUGGAGCCGUACCCAACAAUGUUGUGACGUUUCAAAAUACCUUCCCAUCAUCACUUGGGCUACGUAGAGCGAUAAGUAACGCAAGACGAAGCAAUCAGCAACCAAGCCUGCAUCGCGCUAUGGACUCUGUGAGAGUGCUUUUUGAGAGGAGCGCUCGUCCAGAAGCACGGAAG